UUGAUCAAGAAUAAUCCUUUGUUGAGAUAUUAAUCUGGGUUGUUGAGAUAUGAAUUUGGGUUGUUUCAGAUCUUCUUUCCAAUGUAUCGAGAUGAUCACUACCGAGUGUAUGUCGCUGACAUGAAGAAUAGGAAGACUUUCCUACUGGACAGCCAAAAGCCCAAUGCCCGAGUGGCUAAGGAGGAUCAUGGACCAGUGGGGAAAGUGAUAUUUGAGUAUGUGUCAGAGUUCUUGAAAGAGCAAGGGGUCGAUUGUCAAUUGGAUGAGUGGGAAUUCAGCAUUGCUGACGUUCCUCAGCAAUUUGGCAACCAUGAUUGCGGUGUAUUCGCUUGCCUUUACAUGGAGCUAUGGGCGGGUCACCUUCCGGUGGAAUGUAAAAAGAGUUGGCAGAAGCCGGAACAUGUGGAGGAACAGAGAACACGGAUUGCAGCUAACCUCCUGCUAUGGAACUAUAACGGCCACAAGGAGGCAAUAAUUCAAGAAGCGAAAGAUUGGAGUAUGCAGAAAGAGAAAAGGAAAGGGAAAAAGAAGAGAAAUUGACAUGUGAUUCCUGGAUAGUUUAUACUGUUUAACUUAGGAGGUUCAUAUUUAGGAAUGGAUGAUGGUUCAUAUUUAGGAUGGAGGAUAUUUUGGUAGAUAUUGACAUGUGAUUCCAGGAUACGUUUUUGUGUUGCAGUGGAUAUUUAACCACUUGUUAUGGAUACCUGUCUAGGCAAACUUGAUAUGUACUGGAACAUGUACAGAUAUUAGUUUAGGCUCCCUAGAUAUUAGUAUUAGCAGCAGCAAGUACAAUAGUAUCAAUGAUUACUUCUUUCACUAUUCACAUGUGACCUCUUUUCUUACUGUACUCAUGUGAUCUUUUUUGCUACUACUGUACUCAUGUUACCCUUUUUGCAUUUGUCUAUUUAAGACAAAUCAUACACAACCAAAUUUCUUCACUAUCCUCCACUCUCAAUUUCUUCACUUCUCUUCCAAAGAAAAAUCCAUGUCCGGAGAAACUCCUAAACCUGAGCGCCGGUUUUUGGUGGAUGAGUUCGAAUAUGAUGGUGUAUACUAUGUUACCAUGGUUGGAGAGCUGCUAAGAGACUAGUUGUUGAUGGAGUCAACCCACCAAAGAGGUAUUUCCGAUGUCGGAUGUACGAGUACGACAAUGAUAACGGGUGUGGGUUUCACAUGGAUUGGGACGAGGCAAUGUUCCCCGGUUUUUCAGAGUCAGAUGAAGAAGACAACACCGAGGAGACCGUGAAGAAAUGAAGGGUAUCGUUCUGGGCAGUAUUGAUAUUAGUCUGUGUGUUUGGGAUAUCUGUUUAGUUUCAUCGGAUAUCUGUUUGUGAACUUCUGAUAUUUGUUUAAAUAAAGAAGGUAUUUGUCUGUGCAGUAUGGAUAUUUUUCUGUUCUUCGAGGAAAUUAGUAUACAACCCUAAAUAGCAUCCAUCCCUAAAUAUUAUUGGUGCUAUUCCCUUCUAAUAAAUAUCUACGAAGCAUGGACUAAUAUCUACCUACACUUCUAAUAAAUACUGAUAUCCACGAAGCAUGGACUAAUAUCUACCUACACUUCUAAUAAAUAUCCAUAUUGCCC